GAGAGCUCUGAACUUCCAGAUCCGCGCCCAGCAUCUCCAGUGACCGUCGCUGGUAGGGCUCAAAAGCUUCCACCCAGAUAUCCGGCUUCGUCAGCGAGAAGGAUGUGUGGGGAACUCCAGCCCUCAAACGACUAUCUAGAAGUCAGAUGCACUUCCUGGCCCUGUAUAAUGCAGUUCUAGCGCUUGGAUCACUCACUGCACCCCUCGAUGCUCUGCGAAAGGAACGGGAAGAACUUGAAAUUCGGACAGAAGAGGAUCGAAAAAGGGGCCCAAAAUUUGUGCCAUCGUCGAUCCGUUUAUCCAAGCUCUAUGUUCAACGAGCUCGACGACUGUUAGGCGACACUUUCGAAGUCUGCUCCUUAGAAGGGGUGCAGACUCUAUUAUUGUUAUCUAUCUAUUCUCAACAUGCUCUGAAAAUACAUGCCAGCUUUAUGUAUAGUGGCAUGGCAACGAGGACCGCUAUUGCUAUCGGAUUACCUGCCAUGGCCAGUACUUGUAAGGAUGAUGUGGCGUCCAGGACUUGGUCGUGCAUAUACAUCCAGGACAUCAAAGUUUCAUGCUCGUCUGGACGAUCUAUCGUACUGCCCUCUUUUGCUGCUCCUGUUGAUGCAACUUUUAAAGCCAGCUUGCACAUUUCAAAUGUUGAAGAAUCUCAAGACUCCAUCAUUCCUGCCCAACUUGGUCUUUACGAUGUUCUCCGAGCAGCAUCCACGGACCUCUACCACUCGUCACGUGAUCUGACACUGGAAGAGAGAGCAGAUGUUGCUUCACAGUUGGAAAGGAAGCUAGAUUUGUGGGUAGCAAAUCUUCCGAGUUGGCUGAGGCCAGAUAGUGUCUCGUUCGACGAGUCAGAAUCUGCAAGCCGGCAAAAGCUGACCUUGCAUAUCCGAUUUCUCCAGACCAAGAUGUUCAUUUAUCGCCCAUUCUUAGCGGGAUCGACAAAUCCAUUAUUAUCCCAUCAACAAACCGUUACUUGUCUGGCAGCUGCGCACGCCUCCAUUGACCUAAUAUUUUCGGCAUUCACGCAUCGAAUAUACUUCCGAACUUGGUGGUACAACGCCACUCACAUAUUUUAUGCCACUAUUAUCAUCAUAUACAUUAUUCUUAUGCACGAUGGUCAAGACAUCGUAUCAACUGCAAGCCUGAGUAUGGAAGAACUAUCUUCAGAUAUCCAGAAAUCUCUCAAAAUGCUUCGAGCAAUGGAUUCGAUGCCGGUAAUUGUUCGCUAUGCGGACUUGAUAGAACAGGUGUUGAAAGCUUCUAGCAAUGAGGGCGAAACAGUCUCGGACGAUAAUCAAGAGUCUGGUGGGGUUGCGGACCUACAAAAUGCCACCACUCACUGGAAUCGAAAUACUGAAAACAAUAAUGAUGAGAGUCAAGGAGAAUCUCAUCUUGUGGCAAACCCCUCACUCGACAAUUUGGCAUUCCUCGCACACGAAGUUCGAGGUCUGGAGAGAGACGAUCUUCUAUUGAGCCUGAUGGAUCCGAGUUUACUUGACGAUCUCACGAUGGAGAAUUAUGGAGACAUGUCUUCCAACUUCGCAGCAGAUGACACCGGAAUCGAUUACUACGCAAGUUCGAACUUCGCAAGUGGACAGGUCAAUGAUUCGAGAUCAUGGCAUGAGGAAUAGCCAACCUGAUCAUCACCAUGAAACACAUGCAAUACGCUAGAGUCUUCUAUCGGCUUCUUUCAACUCUGAGUCCACAUGCAUACUACUCAGACACAAAUUCAUAUGGACGCCGAUACUCAUCGGUCUCUGUUUCUACGGUGCAACGUUCUAGAUAUGUCGAAAUACAAUGCAGAUCUUCAAAUGUCCAUCUUUAGAGGACAACUGAUGAU